AUGGAUACAUUAAAUAUAACAACUUCUUUUUUUACUGAAGUUAUGCCUUCAAAUAUCUCUACCCUAACUACUACAGGACCACAAUUUGCAAGACAAUUGAUGCGUUUUAAUAAUCAAACAGUUGUUAGUAAAGUACCUGAAGAGAUGUUACAUUUAAUUGAUUUAUAUUGGUAUCAAUUUCCACCAUUGGAUCCAUUAUGGCAUAAAAUCUUAGGUUUAGUUAUGAUUAUAUUAGGUAUUAUGGGAUGGUGUGGAAAUGGUGUAGUGGUUUAUAUAUUUAUAAUGACACCAUCUCUAAGAACACCAAGUAAUCUUCUUAUAGUAAAUCUUGCUUUCUCUGAUUUUAUUAUGAUGGGUUUUAUGUGUCCCCCUAUGGUAAUUUGUUGUUUUUAUGAAACAUGGGUUCUUGGUAGUUUAAUGUGUGAUAUUUAUGCAAUGGUUGGAUCAUUAUGUGGAUGUGCUUCUAUAUGGACUAUGACAGCUAUUGCUUUAGAUAGAUAUAAUGUUAUAGUAAAAGGUAUGUCUGGAACACCUCUUACUAUCAAAAGAGCUAUGCUUCAAAUUUUAGGUAUUUGGCUUUUUGGUUUAAUAUGGACAAUUUUACCUUUAGUAGGAUGGAAUAGAUACGUUCCGGAAGGUAAUAUGACAGCAUGUGGAACAGAUUAUCUUACUCAAGAUUGGACUUCUAAAUCAUAUAUAUUAGUUUAUUCUUUUUUCGUAUAUUACACUCCAUUAUUCACUAUUAUUUACAGUUAUUAUUUUAUCGUUUCGGCUGUUGCGGCUCAUGAAAAAGCAAUGAAAGAACAAGCAAAAAAAAUGAAUGUCGUUUCUUUACGAUCUGGAGAUAAUCAAAACACUAGCGCUGAAGCGAAAUUAGCAAAAGUAGCGCUAACGACAAUAUCAUUAUGGUUUAUGGCAUGGACACCAUAUCUUGUGAUUAAUUAUAUUGGAAUUUUUAAUCGAUCUCUUAUCACACCUCUUUUCACAAUAUGGGGUUCCCUCUUUGCAAAAGCGAAUGCAAUAUAUAAUCCGAUUGUUUAUGGAAUUAGUCAUCCAAAAUAUAGAGCUGCAUUGAAACAAAAACUACCCUUCUUAGUAUGCGGCUCAACAGAAGAUCAAACUGCAACUGCAGGAGACAAAGCUUCGGAAAAUUAAAAAAACUUAUAAUAAAUUUUUAUUAUAAAUAAAAAAAAAUUGAAUUUUUUGUAAACUGAAUAUCAUUUGAAAAUUGAUUGUAAGGAGAAAGUGUUUGCAGGAAAUAAUUAUACUAAAAUUCAAUUGCUUGCAGAAUUUAUUUGGUUUUAUAAAAUUAAGAUAUUAGGAUGCUCUCUUCAUAUUUUAUUUGCAAUGUGAUGUGCUUACUAAUCUAGUAAAUAGAGCUGCUAUACCAAAGUGACCAUGUAUAUAUCGAUACACAA